GCAGUCAGGGCAGGGCGUGCGCUGGCUGCAGAGCCUUGGGGCUGGAUGCUGUGAAUUGUCCUGAACACACUGCCCUGAGCUGUAAGUCUCACCCCUGGGCAGCUCCCUCACAAUCCCCCCUUCAGCUAGUCCUGAUGCCCCCCCAACAUCUCCAUUGGCCUUUCAGUGAUGAUCCAUCCCUAUCCUGUCAGCUCCCCCAACAGCCCCAGUCAGCCCUCCCUCCGCAGCCUGCACAGUCUUCACCUCCUGAGCACCCUCCAUGGACCCUCAGAGCCCUAACGCCUCUCUGGGACUGAUCCUGUGCAGGGGGGAGUGAGAAGAUGCAAGGAGCCCAACCCCCACUACCCCUCCCCCCACCUCCCACCAGCUCAGGGACCAGGCCCAGCCACCACCCUGGAGCUCCCGGCCAGAUCCAGGCUAGCGGCGUCAGUCCCACUAGUCACCUCAACCCUUAAUACUCUGUCCUUCGCUCCGGCUGUGCUGGCUAGAAUCUCUCCUGUGGCAUUGUGGGGUCCCUGGCUGACCUGUGGCUAAUGGGGUUAUUCUGGUUUUUCUCCGCAGUUCCCAUCACCCUCGAUCCAGAUUACAAACACCCCGAACUCACCGUGUCUGUGGAUGGCAGAACAGUUCAGCACAACCCCCCAUCCCCAGGGCUGGCUGCCCCCUCUGGGGCUCUGAUCGCUGUGGGGAGGGAGGGGUUUGUGGCCAGGAAGGAUCACGGUGGCGGUGGUGGAGUUUGCAGGGGGUACUGGGAGGUGGAGGUGGGGGACAGCCUGGACUGGGAGCUGGGGGUGCUGAGUGAGACUGUGAGGGGCAGAGUGAGACAGGGGAGGCUGGAGAGACUCCCUGAGUGGGCUCUGGGGAGAUCUGAGGGGCGGUAUCACCCCAGCGAGGCCGAUACUGUGAUCCAGACCUGGGGUGUGAGGCCAACAAUGAUUGGGGUGUAUCUGGAUCUAGAAGGGGGGAGUCUCUCAUUUUAUAGUGUCAGUUCAAUGGCCCUUAUCCUGGAGAUUCCUGUGGAAGGUUCUGAGAGAUUGUUCCCGUUCCUCAGCCCUGGUCACGCUGCGGGGAGGGACCAGGGGAAACUCCUCAGCAUCUGCCCCCCCAGCGACUGGGAUUUCCAUCAGGAAUUAAUGGGUAGUGGGUCUGUUAGUCAGGGAGAUCCAAGGGCAGGAAACAACACAGGGCCACCUGCAACAGGAGAAAGAGCCCGAGCCCCUGGAGACAAGCAAGUGAAAGGAAACAGCGCAGGGCCAUCUAUGAUAGAAGUUGUCCAAAAGUUCCUUGCCCACUAACUGGACCCCCAAGUGGAUGAUGGGGCAUAAAACAGAGCAGGAGAAUCUACAACUGCAAACAGCCCCCAAAGAGAAGGGGGAAAAGAAAUGUCCAACCUCCGAGGUCUGAACCCUUCCUGUGGGACAAAGGGAAUCGUGCAAGAAAAACACUCCGAACUUGACUCCCUAGGGGUCUCUGGAGCUGACUCUUGUUCCCAGGAUACCAGGGCCAGGAAAUACAACGGGGGAAUCAUACCCAAACGCUGACACCUGGGAAAGAACCUCGCCCCACAGGGAACGUGGGGAAAUGGCGACACAUCAGAUGUUUCCUCCCCCUGAACUCAAAGGAAAACAGCAGCAAUUUGUGAUAACGCUUUGCCCCGACACCCAGUUACAUCGGAACGUGCUAAUUGGAGGGAACUGCGUUAACGUGACUGUUAAAUGUAAGAAAUUGAAUACACACCGGUCAGGGGAUGCAGGGAGGAAGGGUCUUGCAGUGGCACUGACUCACACCUAUUGCAGAUACACACACGCUGCUCCUGCCAGCCUCAGGCACAGGGCCGGAUUAAGGCAGGGGCUUUAGGGGCUGCAGCCCAGGGUGGCCCCACAAAAAUAAAUCACAGGCAGUGAA